GCAAAGGGCGCGGGGAGAGCGGGGCAGGCCAUGGAGGCUCCGCAGAGUCGCCGCGUUGGGAUCCUGGGCUACGGCCAGUUGGGGCAGUUCCUGGCCCAGCAGCUCUUGGCCCGGGGGCCCCCCCUGGGCCUGACCUUGGCCUGGGUCUGGGCCCGGGACGGGGCGAGUUUGGGGGGGCUGCCCCCUGCCCUGCGCCUCCCCGACCUGGGGCUCCUGCCCAGCACGGGGGUGGACCUGGUGGUGGAGGUGGCCCACCCGUGUGUGGCCCAGGAACACGGCGAGGACAUCCUGGGACAUGCGGAUUUCAUGCUGGGGUCCCCCACGGCCCUGGCAGACCCUGAGACCGAGCGGCGGCUGCGGGAGGCGGCGACACGGGGGAGCCACACCCUGUAUGUCCCCAGGGGGGCCCUGUGGGGCUGCGGGGACAUUGCCAGGAUGGACCAGGAGGGGACACUGGCUGCCCUGAAGGUGACAAUGACCAAGUCCCCGCAGAGUUUCCGGGCGCAGGGGUGGCUCCGGGAGCGGGUGGCGGCUGCGGUGGCCUCAGGGACGAGGACGGUCCUGUACGAGGGUCCCCUGCGGCCCCUCUGUCCCCUCGCCCCCAACAAUGUCAACACGAUGGCAGCGGCGGCCGUGGCGGCGCCAGGGCUGGGCUUCGACGGUGUCACCGCCUGCCUGGUGGCCGACCCCAGUGUCCCCGACUGGCACGUGGUGGAGGUGGAGGUGACAUCGGUUGGAGACAAGGGGCGGUGCUUGAGUGUCACCAGCAUCCGCCGGAACCCGGCAGGACCCGCUGCUGUCACCGGCAGUGCCACCCUGGGCUCCUUCUGGAGCUCCCUGCAGGCCUGCACCGGGCACGGUGGGUGUGUCCGUCUCUGCUGAGCCCCCAGGACCGUGACGAGCCAGGACCCCCCACGGACCCACCGAAAACCUCCAGACGACCCCCUGGGACCCCUUGGGGACAAUUUGGGGACCUUUUGGCGACAUUAAAACCUCCCCCAAACCCCA